AUGGCUACCAAGUACGAAGCUGUACACCAACAGCCUAACGGUCCCGGCGAUGCUCGGCCCACGGCAUCCCAGAUUAUUGAAGACGAGCAACUUAACGGGCAAUGGCCCGACAAAACAGUGCUGAUUACCGGCUGCUCGUCAGGAAAUGGUAUCGAGACAGCCAAAGCAAUUUUCAAAAGCGGUGCUACGAUUUAUGUCACCGCGCGCGAUGUUAACAAGGCCAAAUCAGCCCUCGGCUCAUUCCUUGAUAGUGACCGCGUCCACCUGCUCGAGCUCGACCUAGAGUCUCUGGCUAGCGUUCGCAGAUGUGCGGAAACUUUUCUUACCUUGUCUGGUCGUUUGAAUAUCCUCAUCAACAACGCGGGUGUCAUGGCUACCCCCGAAGGAAGAACAAUGGACGGAUUCGAAACUCAAUUCGGAACCAAUCACCUUGCCCAAUUUUUGCUCAUUCAACUUCUACUUCCUGUUCUCCAGAAGUCAUCGACAUCGGAGCUACAAUCGAGGGUUGUCAUCUUGUCCUCCGUUGGUCACCGUGAUGGUGAGGUCAACUUCGAGAACCUCAAUUUGGAGGCCGAGUAUGAUCCGUGGAAGGCUUAUGCUCAGAGCAAGACUGCCAACGUCUGGACUUCCAACGAGCUUGAACGUCGCUUUGGUUCAAAAGGUGUCCAUUCCUUGAGUGUUCAUCCUGGUGGUAUCAUGACUGGUCUUACGAAGCACCUUUCGAAUGAGCAACUGCAAGCCUUGGGAUCUGAUCCCCGCUUGGCGAAGAUUUUAAAGACCCCCGAACAGGGGGCAGCUACCACUGUUUGGGCAGCAACCGCGAGGAUAUUGGAAGGUCAAGGAGGUAUGUAUCUCGAGAAUUGCCAGAUUUCGAAGACUGUGAAGGCCAAUGCCACACAAGUCGACCCAGGAUAUUCAACCUGGGCUUAUGAUGAGCAGAAGGCGACACGGUUAUGGAACAAGUCUUUGGAGCUUGUAAAGCUAGUUUGA